GCAAGGAGAUAAAUCAAAACAAAUUGUUAUCGUUUUGCAAAGAACAGUCGUUUAUCUUUGACAUAAAUUUAGUGCAAUUGAUGCAUUAAUUUAUUGUCGAUAUAUAGUCAAAAAAUGUCGAUAAUUGCAUCCAGUAAACAAAAUUGACGAAACUCGUCUAAUCUGCAUUCGCGGCUUUGGCUCUUCCUCCGCAUUAACAACCGCAACCGCACGUAUCAUUUUCGAUAAAUUAUUCCAAUUAAAAUCAUGCCUCCACGAUGGCACCGACUUUCAGAGAUUGCCACUUGUCGUCGCAUUUUAUUCGCAAUGCUAACCAGCGGUUUUAUUGUAAAUACGUUCGUUAAAGCUAUUUUUAACAUAGCUAUAGUCGCAAUGGUCGCCAAAGACCAACCCAACACUUUUGACUGGACUGAAGGCCAGAAACAGGAAAUACUCGGGAUUUUCUUUUGGGGUUUUGCUAUCACGAAAUUUCCGAGCGGAAGAUUAGCCGAGAUAAUCGGUUCGCGUAAAGUAACCGGAUAUUCAAUGGCUGUUGCUUCGGUUUUAACCGUCCUGACACCACUUAUCGCAUCUUUCAACUACUACGCCUUGUUGGUCUCCCGAAUUGUGAUGGGGUUUGUGAUUGGGGCCAGUUGGCCCGCUUUGAUGCCUCUGGUCUCGAACUGGAUCGGACCAACAGAACAUUCAAUGUUUAUGACGGCGUUAGCUUCGACUUCCAUUGGGUUCGGCUUAUCGUCUCUUGUAGGUGGUGUCCUCAUUGCGAAUUACGGCUGGCCCAGUAUUUUUUACACUGCUGGAAGUGUUGCCCUUUUAUGGACGAUUUUGUGGUUUUAUUUUAUCUAUGAUUCGCCACGACAACAUCCAAGAAUAUCGCUAGAGGAAAGGGAAGAUAUUGAAAGCAAAAUCAAAAAAGAUUUUGUGAAAAUUAAACUAAAGUUCAAUGAUAUCCCCUGGCGCAAAAUCUUUGUGUCUGGCCCAGUGUGGGGCAUUGCAAUUGCCCAAAUGGCCAGUUUUUUCACCACAAUGACCAUAACAACGGAACUACCGUCUUAUCUGGACCAAGUUUUGCAUUACGACAUUUCAGAAAACGGCGUGAUGGCGAGUUUGCCAACUUGGGGGGUUUAUGUGACAUCGUUAGGAAGUGCGUACAUCGCUGACCGCCUUCUGCAAACCAACACUUUGUCGACAACCACGGUGCGAAAAACUUUCGGGACGACUGCCUUCCUCAUCCCUAGCAUAUUCAUGGUGAUUUUGGCCUUCUACGGGGAUGUAGCCACGGUUGUUUUAGUUUCGUUCUGUAUCAGUUUGGCCAUAAAUGCGUUUGCUGUGGCCGGCCACUGUGCGAAUAUGUUGGACAUUUCUCCGAACUUUUCCGGGACUAUUUGCGGUCUAGUCAAUACUGUUGCAGCAAUCACAGUGUAUUUUUCAACAAGGAUUGUUGGGUUGUUGAUACGAAAUGGUCACACGUACGAAAAUUGGCGACCACUGUUUUGGAUUUUGGCCGCGGUUUAUGGGUUCGGAGCCGUGAGCUAUUUUGUCCUGUGUUCGGGGAAAGUGCAAAGUUGGGACUUGAGGGAGCCCGAGAGGGAACCCCUCAAGAAGGACAACCGCGGGGAGAGCCCCUGAAAGUAUUAACUGUGCCGUUUUGUAAAUAACACUUUAUUUUUUAAAAAUCAUUGAUUUUUAAUUACAAAAUACAUACGUAAUUAGAUUUAUUCUCAGAAAAACUCAUCGUCUAUAAAUUUAACAUUGAUCUUUACUCAUCGAUUAAAGGGGCGAAAAUACACGUUAAAAAAUUUUGAAAGUUAUUUACAAGAUACAUUCUUCUACUAGGGCUGUAGAGGGCAAAGUCUUUUAAAAUACUAUCAGUGCUUUAUUUAAUUCGGAAAAAUUCCUGAAAACUAAAAAAAUUGAUGUUCUUUGAACAUUAAUCGUAUUUUUCUUCAGCAAUGAGUAUUAGAGAAAAAAUGAAAUAUUUUUGGCCCUGUAGUGGACACUUAGGAAUAAAGUGGCAUUUUUUUUAACUUGAAAUUGUCAGUCGUUAAUUCGUAAGACUCUUAAAAUGAACUUGCGGUACUGACCUAUGAUAUCAACGAUCCUUCUUUUAUUGCUAUCGCUUCAAUUCAGUGGCGCACAUUCGCAGAUGUAGGUUAGUUAUAGUCAAGGAUAAGGCUGGAAAUUUUUAUCGGUGUAUCGAUUAUUAAAAAAUAUCGAUACAAUUCGGUAAUUAUUGAUUAUUCAUCAAUAUUUAUUUAUUAAAAAAUAUUUAUUAAUAUCGUUUCAGCACAAGUUAUUUUUUAAUCUUUAUAAUAAUAAUUGCCAGCCCAAAAAAUUGAUGAUGACAUCAUAGUUCAUAAACAAAAACUAACACUAACACUAACAAAAAUUUUAUGUCUAAUAUGGCGAUUUAAGAAAAAAUCGACGAGU